UCGAGUUCGGAAGUAGUGCACCUUUCGCAGCGCAAGUAGGCUCCAUCGGGAGGAAGAAAGACAUUUGUGUUAAGGUGAACGCGCGCGCACGUUCGCAUUUGAAUCGAUCACGUUUUGUUGGUUUAUUGGAUUUUGCAGCAGCAGCAGCAGUAACUUUUCGAAAGUGCGCUCUUGUAGUAAAGUUGUAGACGAGUGGAACGGAAUUUUAAGACGCUGGGCGCUUUUGUUUUGAGACGAUUUCGGUGGUCGCGUGUUGGGAGCUUAUUUCGCCGAUCAUCUUUAUUAUCGUUGAAGUGUUGUGUGUAUGUGGAAGUCGCCAGUGAAAGAGGAGUGAAAUCGUGAAAAAAAAUAUCUGCUCAAUUAUUAAAAGGUGAAAAUCACUCGUUAAGUUUGAGUGAAUUUUUCGAUUGUGAUUUAAAAAAAAAAAGUGAACCAAAAGCAUUUCAGAGGGUGAAAAUACGUGCUUUAUUGUUAAGGAGAAAAUUUCUGCGGGAAAUAAAACAUCUUGAACCGGGAAACUGUUAAUUAAUGAACGAAAAGAAAACAAGAGGAGAACGAGGAGAGUCUCUGACCAGCAAACAGUCCGGAGUGUAAUGGUUGAGGUUUGCAGAACCGGGUGCAGCCUAGCGUAACCAAAACCUUCUUUGAAGGAAAACUAAUUCCCCUCCGAGUUUGUGCCCGUGAAGCACGGAGAGCAGCAGUGCAAGGUGAAACGAGUUCGAUCAUAAGAAUCGUGUGGAACUUGAGGUUGCCGUGGAGCAAAGUAAUCUAGAAAAAGGGAUAGGUCUUUGAUGUUGCUGUGAGCUGUGAGCGAGGAAAAGGCAAGGCCAACGCUAUUUACGCCACUCUGAUGCUGACAUAAACAGCGACUACUACGAUUGGCAGAGCAAGGAAAACACACAGAAUCGCAACCAGAAAUAGAACAGCAUUGAUUGCGGGCUCGUGUAAUUUCCAGCUCCACUCAACAACAACAACAACCCAUCCAUCAACGGCGAUUGGCGCGAGCCAAACACAGAGAGAAGCCAUGUGCUACCCGUUAGAUUCGUGUGCAGCUCAGUAGGUCAAAAUCUGGAUAACUGUUGAAACAGAGCUUUUGGAAAGGAGGCUCAACCUAAUGAAAAUGACGUCAUCCAAUGACAUCGGCGGGGGCGGUGGAGGAGGAGGAGGCGGUCAUAAUGGGCGCGCAAAUGGCCACCAUCAUCAUCAUCACCAUCGAAGUAGUAGUAAUAGUCAAAACAUCGUCGGACGAAGGAUGAGCAAUGUAAGCGUAAGCAAUAUCAAUCACAACAACAACAACAACAACAAUAACAACAGCAGUUCGAACAACAUCAAUGGAUUUAACCACAACAACAAUAGCCCAAGGAUGGAGAAGGAGAAAGACUGGGAUUUUAAGAAAAGUACAAAAUAUCCCGAAUCGGACGACUGCGACUCCCUUCCGCCGCCUCCGCCGCCGGAGGACGAUCCGUACUUCGACGAUCUCCAACCACCGCCAACGCUGCACCACAACGGUCACACACAUCACCUGAACCACCUGAAUCUGAACCUGGACACUUCCCCGCAUGGCGGCGGCGGCGGCGGUGGUGGCGUCGGAUCCAGUCCGGAAAAGUCCCGCAAGCAUCGAUCGAACUCGGACAGCAGUCAAACCAAGCACCAUCGGAACGGGCUGCAUCACAAGUCUUCCAAUGGGCAUCAUCACCACCACCAUCACCAUCAUCACCAUCGGCAGCACAACAGUAACACCAACAACAACAAGAGCAGCCGGGCGGAUUCGGUCCUUUCGAGCGACUCGGACAUUCGGUUUACACGGAGGAAGCUCGGCGACAAUCAAAAGUGUGGCUGCGCGUUGAUCGCCGGGUUUCUGCUGAUACUGCUGUUUGCCGGGGUCAUUGUCUAUGUGGGAUACACUUACCUUCGACCAGAACCCCUCCCGGAUAGGAUAUUCCGAGCACGGUUACGGGUGGUCGAAGGGGAUCACUGGACACCAGAACUGGCCGACCAAAGUACGACUCAAUUUCAGCACCGAGCACGGGACUAUCGGGAAAGAAUCAACCUGAUCAUGCGACGCUCUGACCUUCGGGAACCAUAUGAGGGAAGUGAAAUUCUAGCGCUGGAUGGCAACGAAGGCGAAGAUCUAACCCUGCACUUUGCGAUGUACUUUGACCCAUACGCUGAACUAGUUUCCGCCGCCGAUCUGCACUCGAUCAUCAUGGAAGAGAUCAUCUCCGAUCACCCGCGGUACUUCCGCAACCUAACCAUCGAUCCGUCCAGUUUGAUCAUCAAGGAAGUCCUAGGUCAAUUCGAUGAUAUUCCGGGAACAUCGUCCUCGCCACUUGGUGGCAAGGAUGACGAAAUCAACGAAGUCGUUACCACCGCUCGACCUCCACGCAAGUGUGAACCGCUGCGGUUGAGUUACUGCCGCUCGGUUGGUUACAAUAUGACAACCUAUCCGAACUUCUUCGGUCACGGUUCGAUUGAGGAAGUCGAGGCGGAUCUGAUCUCUUUCCGGGAGUUGGUCGAUGCGGAGUGUUUCCGGCAGGCAUUUGACUUUAUCUGUCGGCUGCUGCAACCUCCGUGCGAGUACCGAAGGAUUGAGGAACCAGUUGCCGGUAAGGUCUGCCGGCAGUAUUGUCAAGCUUUCUGGAGCGGCUGUGGUGAUCGGCUGCCGGAACGGUUCAAGAAGUUCUUGGACUGUGAGCGGUUUCCGGAGUCUACCGGGAUUCAGUCGUGCCACAGCCGUCCUGGUUGCGCCGGUGAACUGCAGUCGAAUGCAUUAUCUUCACGAUUGUGCGACGGAGUUGCCGACUGUCCAGAUAUGUCUGAUGAGAAUACCUGCACGUUUUGCCCGUAUGGUGCGAUCUACUGCGGUCGAGGUCGAGUUUGCUAUGCGAAGAAUGCCCGCUGCGACGGGAAAAUGGACUGCCCUGAUGGAAGCGAUGAGAAGGAUUGUCUUUCAAUCUCCCCUCAAGUGACUUAUUUGACCUUCCCAUCGCCAAUUGUACCCUACCGGCCACGGUUCUUUUCGGAAGGCUACGCUGUGUUUUCGGAAAAGGGCACAACCGGUAAGCUGUGCUCCGUCGGGAUGGAAGGUAAUGAUUAUGUGCGGAAUACGGUUGCCGAGUCUCUCUGUAAAGCCCUUGGAUUCGAAAGGGUCGACUAUUCGCAAAUUCGCAACGACACGGAACCAAAUACCAGCUACGUGCGUGUUCUGGACCCUCGGGCGUCGGAGAUUUCCUUUGUGAGGACCACGUGCCAGAGCAAGCAAUCAUUGUAUGUAAGCUGUGGCCAGUUGGAGUGCGGAGUUCAGUCUGUCCUGCCGAGUAAUCCCAAUAUGGGACUGUCGAAAAUGGCUGCACCCGGAGAUUGGCCCUGGAUGGUGGCACUGUUCCGCGCGGACACUCACGUGUGCGACGGAACUUUGGUCUCAUCAGAUUGGGUCCUCACUACAGAGUCCUGCUUCCAGGGACAAGCAAAGGCAACAUGGAUGGCCAUUUUUGGAGCUGUUCGCCUAUCCUCCAAUGCACCAUGGACGCAACGAAGACGAAUCAUCGGCAUGGUGAAAUCUCCCGUCGAAGGCAGCACUGCUGCCCUGGUGCGCCUGGAAAACCCCGUCAUCUACUCGGACUUUGUCCGCCCGAUCUGCCUACCGGACAUUCCGCUGAAGGAAACCAUCGACCGCAGCGACAACAACGUCACUCCGACUCCCCACGCCGAGCGGUUCUCCAAAUCUCUCCCGAAAAAGCGCAUCAAGGAGUUCCGUCAGUAUUUCGAAGCCCCCGGAGAUGAUGAAACGUCCGAUGACUACUCUGAAAUCACCGAAUCUUCCCGCUUCUCCACCAACGAAUACAACGCCAAAUUCGCCGACGAAGGAGCUCAAAUCCCGAAAGCCGAAGCCGUCCAGGUUAGUGGAACCAAGAAUCCCUACCCUCUGCCGGAGAACUCACCGCAGACGAACAACUACAUCUCCACGCUGAACUACAUCGGCAGCGGCUUUCAACCAUCCAAGACGAAGCAAACCGUCUGGAUCAACUGCAACACGUUGGGUUGGAGUCGCCAGCGGGAUCACCUGCAACGGGUGCAGCUCAAGAUCAGCGAUAUGAAACCUUGCGAAAACGUCUCGAUUGCAACGGUGAACAGCAUGUGCACGGAGGCAGCUUACCACAAGCAGGACUGCAGUGAGGAGGAGUUUGCCGGAAGUCCGGUCGUUUGCCUCCUACCAACCGAAAGAAAGUGGGCCCUGGUUGGAGUCGCUUCGUGGAGAAUCGCUUGCGCCCCGAAUGGAGUCGAACGACCCCGGAUGUAUGACAAAAUUACAUCCAACACCCAAUGGGUCCGGGAAACGAUUGCCGCCACGGUGUAGUAUCCGGCUGAGCAGGCUUUCCGGAAGCAGUGAUCAACUUGAUGUGCAAAUAUUAAGCUUAGAGUGAAUGCGUGAGCUAGUGCGAGAGGAGAGAACGUUCGCGAUACCUAUCAAUGCCAUUUGAUUACCUAGAGAUGACCAUUUCCCGCCCGAAAAAGGGGAAAUCCAAAACCUGUAUGUUUUAUAAUCAAGCUGAUGUAGAAAUGUACACCUUUGUCUAAUCAUCUAAUCGAAAAAAAAAAAAUAGAAUCAUGCACCAAACGUCCUGUUCACCCGUGAGAUGAAUGAACCCAUUUUUAUGUGCGGAGAAACAAGUGUAUAAAGCAAAAUUGACGUUAUUUUUAAUCCUAUUUUAACGAUUAAACUCUGUUGUAUUACUAUUAUAGAUCUUUAACUCUGAUUAUUCUAGAAGUGUAACAAUCGUGAAACAAUCCGAAAACUAUGCGAAUAAAAAUUGUAACAAAUUCGAAA